AUGGUUGAGAAAUUCUCCGCCGUUAUCAGAGUGGAGAACCUGGAUUCUGGUAUGGAACUGAGUCUCCACCAUUUCAUGGAACUGUUGAAAUUUGGAAUCGACUUCCUCUUUAGUUUUGAUAAGGAAAACCCAGGUCAUACGGGUGCAAUCAUCUAUAAAUGUGACAAACCAUCGAGCUACCCCUGGAGUGGAAAUUUUAGCAAGGCCCCAAACAUCAGAAUGAACAAGAGAAAACAGAACCAAACUUUUAUUUGA